AUGACAGAUGAUGUUGUAAUGAAAACUGAAAAAGAUGAAGAGAUAAAAACAAAUGAAACAAAUAUAGAUAAAAGUGAUAAUAAAUAUGAAAAAGAGAAUAAAGUAAGUGAGUUAUAUUUGGAUUCAUUGGAAACUUUAUUAUUAAUUCACAUAAUAAUUAAAUAUGAAGAAGAUAAAAAUACGUUUAAUUGGUCUUCAAUAAAAGAAUCAUUAUUAAAAGAAAUUGAAAAAUUAAAAGAUUUAAAUAUAACAAAUAAUAUUUCAAUGAAAAGUGAAGAGGAAAUUAAAAUAUUUUAUGAUAAAAUUCAAGAAAAUUUUGGAAAAGAUAAUAUAAUAAAUUUAGAAAUUUUAUUAAGAAAUAAAAGAAUAGAAAAAAUUAAAAACCAAAUUGAUCAAUAUAAUAAACAAUUAAAAGAAAAAGAAGAGAUUAUUGAUACUAUAAAACAAAAUUAUUUAAAUGAAUUAGAAUUAGAAAAACAAUUAGAACAAGAGAGAGAAAAAGAAAAGGAGAAAGAAAAAGAGAUUGAAAAAGAGAAAGAAAAAGAAAAAGAUGAAGAAAAAGAAAAAGAGAAAGAAAAAGAGAAAGGAAAAGGUAAAGAUAAAGCAAAAGAUAAAGAAAAAACAAAUACUACUACCACUACUACUACUACUAUUACUACUCCAACAACAGAAAAAGAAAAAAACACAUCAUCAUCAUCAUCAAAACUAAAAAGAAAUCAAAAACAAACACCAACAACAACAACCCCAGCUACAUUAAUAUCUACAAAUACAAACGAUGAUGAUGAACAAAAAAGAAGAGAAGAAGAACACCAAAGAGCAAGUUCAAAGAAAAUACUUUAUACAUCAAUGUUAAAGGUUUGGAAAGGUUUGAAUUCAAAUCGUUUUGCUUAUAUUUUUAGAUAUCCAAUUACAAAAGAUGAAGCACCAGAUUAUGAUUCAGUAAUUAAACAUAGAAUGGAUUUAACAACUUUGAAAAAGAAAUUAGAUGAUCAAGUUUAUAACACUUGUAGUGAAUUUAGCAAAGAUGUAAUUUUAAUUUUUAAGAAUGCAAUGAUCUACAAUCAAGAGGAUUCCGAUAUUUAUAAUAUGGCUGCAUCAAUGAAGAAAAUCGCUGAAAAAGAAAUGGAACCUUGCUUUGCAACUGAAGAAUUAUUACAAAGUGGCGCUGCAAAUUCAUUGGGUACAAGAUCAAAUAGAAGUGGUUCAAAUACUCCUUUAUCUACAAGUACUUCUGGUAAUAUAGUAUCUUCUUCUGGUAAUGGUGGUGGUGGUGGCGGCGGUGGUAGUGGGUCCACUAUGCCCUCGCCAUCAAUCAGAGGUAGAAAUAAACCAACUGUAAAUACAACCAUAUCGGCAAAUUCUUCAACAUCUUCCACCACCACUACCAACACCACUACCUCCCCAGCUACUACCACUACCACUGCUACAACUCCUAGAUCAAAAAAGAAUACUUCAUCAACAUCUUCUAUAGCGAGUGAAUCUGAUCAAUCAAAUCCAAAUACACCAUCAUUACAAGAGGAAACAAUUGAUACUUCAGAUCAUGAUUCUUCAACCUCAAAAUCAAAAGGUAGAGCUACAAGAAGUAGUACUAGAAAAUCAACUACUGCUGAAUCUACACCAGAAUUAAAAGAAGAUAUAAUUCCAAUUAAAAAAGUUUCAAAGAGACAAAGAAAUUCAAAAACUGAUGAAACAAUAACUCAUCAAGAUGAUCUUUAA